UGCUGUUGCUGCUAAGCCUCUCAGAUUAGAUCUCUCGCUAUCGACAGAGUUGUUCCUGUGAAGGAGAUUCGAUGGCCGAUCAAACCCAGAAACCAGAGCUCUUCGAACUCAACAAUGGGACAAUGAAAGUGAAUGUAACCAACUUGGGUGGCAUCAUCACUUCCUUGUCUGUACCUGACAAAAAUGGGAAUUUAGCUGAUGUUGUGCUUGGAUUCGACACAUUUGAGCCAUAUGCGAAUGGUUUGUCUCCAUACUUUGGAGCCAUUGUGGGGAGGGUGGCGAAUCGGAUUAAAGAGGGGAAGUUCACUCUUGAUGGGGCGGAAUACUCCUUGCAUGUCAACAAUCCUCCAAACAGUCUUCAUGGUGGGUUGAAGGGCUUUGAUAAGGUCAUCUGGGAGGUAACAGAUUAUAAGAAAGGAGAAAACCCAUCCAUUACGUUCAAAUAUCACAGUCAUGAUGGCGAGGAAGGUUAUCCAGGGAUUCUCUCUGUUACUGCAACUUACACACUCACUUCAAGCACCACCAUGAGACUUGACAUGGAAGCAACUCCAGAAAACAAGACAACUCCUGUCAACUUAGCUCAGCAUACCUACUGGAACUUAGCUGGCCACAACUCCGGGAACAUACUUGACCAGUAUAUUCAGAUAUGGGGAUCUCAUAUUACUCCAGUGGACGAGAACUUGAUCCCUACUGGGGAAAUCAAACCAGUAGAAGGCACCCCAUUUGAUUUCACAACUGAGAAGAAAAUUGGUGAAUCAAUUCAUGAGGUAGGGCUAGGCUAUGACCACAACUAUGUACUCGACGGUGUGGAAGAGAAGUCGGGGCUGAAACAUGCUGCGAAAGUGAGAGACCCUGCAAGCUCAAGGGUGCUUAACUUGUGGACCAAUGCCCCUGGAAUGCAGUUCUACAGCGGGAACUAUUUGAAUGGGAUUGUUGGCAAAGGAGGAGCUGUCUACGGGAAGCACUGGGCUCUCUGUCUGGAGACGCAAGGAUUCCCAAAUGCCAUAAACCAACCAAACUUCCCAUCUGUUGUUGUUAAACCUGGUGAGAAGUACAAGCACAGUAUGUUGUUUGAAUUUUCAGUCGAAUGAAGUAGUAGCCUUUUAAGGGAUACAUAUUAGAAUAAGGCUUUUGCUUCAUGUUUUCGUAAUGCAAGUCUAUUGCAGAACUUUGAUGACGUUCGCGACCUUAAAUAAUUACUAUGGCCUAUUUUAUGUAUAUUGUGAGCUUUCAGC